AUGAGGCUAUUUUGCCCGGUCUACAUUCUCCUGGCUCUGCCAGCUGGAGCGCUGGCUGCAGAUAUGGUUCCUCGAGGACGGCAACCAGGUGAUGUCGGAAGUCAGUCGGCUCGAAACGACUUCUCGGAUCCGGAAUGGCAUCAGGACGAGGAACAGGAGGAAUCGAGCUCAGGAGAUCUUGACCGAGGGCGGCAGGGUGACCAUCGUCCAGGGCCAUACAAUUUUCUGUCUCCUCCGAAGGAAUUCACACCGUAUCGGGUUGGUCAAACCGAGUAUCCCCUGCCGGAAGAUGGCUUUGAUGGGCUUGCGGGGCCACCGCAUCGUCCUCCGGUUCGGCCAUUAACGGGCACGACCUUGUAUAACUCUCUUUCCAGCGCCGACGAGGGAGAAUCACCGCGACGACACGCCGAACAGCCUAGGGACGGUUAUGGAGGGGCAGUGCCGCACCCAUACCCGCAGCAAACCGCGCCUGGGCCCAGGAUGCCUGGGUAUCCACCACCUAUACCGAGAGAGUCUUUUCCUGAUGGUAACGGACGCGCACCCCCAUACCUCGCAUUGAAUCAACCUGGAGAGGGCGGCAGCAGUGGUCAUGUACCCGCAAACGAGGUUGGCAGGGGACAGAUGGGACGUCGGAGGCAACGCUGGUUGCGCGACGAAACAGACGAAUCCGUCAACGACGAGACUGUCAUGCGACCGGAAGAGCCGGCUCGUUUGAGGGGGUUGAAGACGUUUGCUGCUAGUGUUAUUUUCGGAGCGCUAGGAUUUCCAACUGUGGCUGGUGCGUUGAGGAUGUUGGCAUGGUGGCGGCUCCUGAGGUCGAUGCAAGAUUGGGAAUCUAACGUUCACGAGCGUAGCCUGUAUAAAGAGCUGAAGCGUGAGAGGAACAAACGUAAAGCUCAGCGACGUGCGGUGGUGAGGGGCACAUACGUUCCUUGA